AAGUAGCUAAUCCUCCCUACAGUGUUGUUCUAUACUGCUCGAAAAAGUGACGCUUUUUAUUCAACUUCAAGGUAGGGGCAUAGCAAGUCUACUCUCCUUAAUUUCUAUGACUUAAAUCAGUGUAAUUUCCGUCAUCUUUGCUCAAGAAGGUACAAUGCUUCAAGUGCAAUGGAAGCUGUGGCCAGGGCCGUCGAAGUGGAAGGAUAUAAAAGAAGACACGGCGCAGGAAUUGCUGGAAAACCAGGGUGUGAUGUCUCCCGUGGUGGACGAGACAGCGGGGGACCUCCCAGUUCGCGAUGUGGGGCUGAUGAGGGGAGGACUCAUGGCGACUGUUCCAGAUGCCGCACGUGAUGUGAAGCCGUGGAAGAAGCAUCACAUCAUGAUGACCAAAGAUCCUCAGCGGCUCUUUCGUUUCCCCAGGGAGCAACUGGAGGACCUUUGCCUUCACCUGCAAGAAGAGAACACUGUGUUAAGAAUGCACUCACGAGCACAAGAGCAAAAGAUGCGCAGGAUGUCCACCAGACUGAUUCGUCUCCGUCAGGCCAGUCCCGGUGCCAAAGAGAGGGACAUGGAGGACUCAUUGCAAGAGCUGGAAGCUCGUGUGGCCACUUUGGAGAGCCAGAAGGUUGUCUUACAGAACAAACUCAGCCUGGCCAAGCAGCACAUUCUGGACUUGGGGGGGCGUACACCAUACAAGUUCAACAAAGGUAAAUGUGCAGAAGUUGAUGGCGGAGUCAGGAGGGCUGCGCAGACGGCCCCACCCCGCUACGGCCCAACAACAGAGGACACCAGAGGACAGAUGGAGAAAUUCUGUGUGAGCGAGCAGAUGAGGGUGACAGAGCUCCAACUGGCCCUCCGAGACACACUACAAGAUAAAGAGCGAGAGAUGGAGGGCACCAUUAGAGAGAUGAAGAAGCAACAGGCUGAAAGACACAAAGCAUCCAUCAGAGAAAACUUGGAUGUGAUCCGUCUCCAAAAGAAGCUUUCCGAGAAGAGCACAGCCCUGCGGGUAACCCAGGAGAAGAUCACUAACCUGCAACAGGCCUAUGAGAAGCAGCUGGAGGAGACUCAGACGUCACUGAGGGAAAGCCAGACUGUCCUCCUGGAGAAGGUGGAGGAGCUGAGUGAGAAGCUGAAGCAGGAGAGGCAGAGAGUGCUGACCCUGGAUGGUCAACUCACAACUGCCAGCUUGUCUCUGCAGAACCUGGAAAAGCUACAAGAGCGUAUAAGUGACCUGGAAGGAGAGAGGGAUCGGAUAAAAGAAAGCUAUGACUCGCUACUUGAGAGUACUUUAUCUACUUACAACGACACUGUGGAAGAACACAAGGUGGUGUACAAGGAAAGGGACGCACCAGAAGACACCGUUUCCACGAUAGAUGCAAAUAUCCUGGAGAAAGCGCUGCAGGCAGAGCGGGAGGAAAGAGGCAGGCUGGAAUCGGAGAAGAAGAAGCUCAGACAAGAGAAGGAGAUAAUGGAGGAGCAGAGGGAGCAAGAAGGAGCCAAACUAAAAUAUCUGGAAGAGAAGAUACUCGAGUACAACGAUCAGAUUUCUGUCUUACAGCGCAGACUAGACUCUGUCACCAAGGAGUUUGACAUGAGUGACGAAGAGCUCAGCGAAACACUUUUUCAGAUUAAGGCGUUCCGUAUGCAACAGGAGAGCAGAGAGGGUUUAUGUCUCCCCGGGGCUGAUCGAGAGAAAGAGCUUGUCAACAAUCAGGCCUUACUCGCCGAGACCGUGCUUGAAUUACAGAAAACCAGGAGCCUCCUUUUGCUAGAGCAUCGCAUCAGUAAAGACCUUCAGGAGGAGUUGGACACAACCAAAACAAGGUUGGAGAGUGAAAGGGAGGCGAUGAGGAUGAGGAUGGCGGAGAAAGACAAACUGUUAUGCAAAAGAGUUCUCCAGAUCAAUGCUUUACAAGACCAGCUGAAAACCUUUGCGUACAACACAAAGAGCCACAAACGGACCAUACCGAUACAGUACACAUGGCCAACAGGAGAAAAACAAGCAGUCUCGCCUGAAGAUUAUAUUUCUUAUUCUCCAUUGAGGUCUGGAGAGUCCCUCUUAGAAGUUCACAUCAAGGAUGCCACCUUUACUCCAAGUGGGUUUCGGAAUAUGAGCAGCAUUGAUCCAGACCAAGGUGAAGACACGGUGACCUUCUGUACAUACAGCCUUUUGGACUUUGAAGUCCACUCCACACCUCUGGUGGCGGGAAGCAAACCCAACUACAGCUUCACCUCCCACUAUGCUCUGACUGCCUGUGAUCUGGAAAGGCUAGAGGUACAGGGGUGGAAGGUCAAAGUGGAGCUCCACCAGGCAGUAGGAGGGGUCCGCUUUCUAACGCACGGGAGCGGACAGUUGUCCCUGUUGGCUGCCGUGGAGAGGAGAGGGGAACAUAUUAAUGGACGUGUGCACAUCACAGGUUCUGUGAGGGAAAUAGUCGGUGUUGUGGAUUUCUGGGUCCGCCUAUUUUCACCUACAGAGCCCAUGGAUGCAGUGGUGUCGGGAGGCAAUGACAGGACCACAGCAACAAAGAAAAUGCCGGCUCAAAUCUCUCUUGGCUGGCAAACUGGCGGCCACGUGCAGGAGUUGUACGAUUUUGGUGGAGGUAUUCCCAACGAGUUGAUGUUGCUGCUAGAGCGCUGUGAGGGUCUAAAAGGGCGCUGGCCUGGACUACUUCCUGAUGCCUACCUGACCUACAGAUUCUACGACCUGCAGCCCCAUGUGUCCCAAACUGUCCGGAGUAAUGUUAACCCAGUUUUCCACGACAUCACCAGCUACCCGCUUGCAAUCACAACUGAUGUGUUGCACUACUUGAGGUCAAGCAGCCUUUGGGUCUAUGUGUUUGAUGACAGCGAUGACCAGAUACCACCAGUCUACUUGGCUAAAACACCCAUCCCACUGAGAGCGCUGGCGACUGGCAGGGAGAUCCAAGGUGACUAUGUUCUGCGUGAUCCAGCUGGUGGCCCACGGGGGACUGUCAGGGUGUUGAUUAAAUGGAAGUACCCCUUUCAACCACCAGUAAAUGUGAUGGAAAGCAGCAUGAGAAACCAAGGAUUAGCAGAAGACUCACAAAGACCAAUAGCUAAGCCCAGAGUCAAGACAAAGCACCUUGAGUCAGGAGAAACCAAAGCAAAGAUGAGGAAGAUGAGAGUUUACCCUUCACUUGACAACAUACAACCAAGCCAGACCAAGAGGUCCAACAAAAAGUCUCCUGCUCGUCAAGACGAGGAACCCCCCACUGUGCUCUCUCAUUCGCCAAUCACAAAAUCUUCCAGACAUGCCACUUCACUGAGAAGACGCUCUGUUGGUGAUCCUGCUACUCAGAACAUUUCCUCUGUGGAUCUGGUGUCAGUGGAUAAAGAGCAGGAAAAGGAGGAAAGGAGCGAGAGUGCUGCUGAAGAACCCUCAGAGUCCUCUGAGACCUUAACAAGCGACCUCAUUGUUUCAACGAAACAAGAGAGAAAAAAGGGUGACAAGCUAAGAGUGGAGAUCUUUUCGUUGACUUUCGAACCGUCCUCUCAAGUGGCGCUGGACGAUUCAGUGCAGCGUGUCUACGUGGAAUACCGGCUGCUGGGUAUUCCAAUGGAAACAACAGAGACGCCCGUGUCCCUCCGCAAGCCCACAGAGGGGGAGGAGAUUCACUACAACUUCACACGAGUCAUCUAUGUGGAUGGUUCACUGUCAGUGCCACUCAGACAGUAUCUUUACACCAUGUUGGAGGGCAGUGACCCCAACAAGGGCAGGUUAAAGUUCACAGUCGUCAGUGAGCCAAUGGAUGACAAUGAGGAGUGCUGGGAUGUCGGAUGCUCCUUCUUGGACCUGCAGGAGCUGCUGCUGACAGGGAACGACGUCAUUGAACGGCAAAUUGACAUUGUGCGAGUAGAUGACGAAAAGGAGGUGAUAGGAUUCCUCAAAGUGUCUCUGGAGGCAGCAAAAGCCCUGACUGGAAUUUACCAAGAGUUUCACCGGCCAAUGGAUGCUGAGGAUAACAGCGAUAAGGAAACCCAGCAAGAAGAAGAGGAGCAGCAGCAGAUGGAAAAAGAUGCAAUUACAGUGAUAGACUACAAUGACAGCGACUUCUAAUUACACUUUAGGCCUACUCACAAAAAGGAAUAUUCAUUCGGCUUUUGGGUGACAUUCUUUUACUGCCUCUGCUGCCAAUCAACCGGUUCCUGUUCCCAGCUGCUCCUCAUUUCACUCACCUGUUAAUCAGCCAGCCAAUCCCAGUCCACCAUUCAUCCUCCCAGCCUGUUUAAAACCACCUGCUCACCACUGGAUCAGGCGGAUUCUUUUUCUGACAUGCUGUGGGGAGCUCUGAUAGAUGCUACUUUGUUUUGUAAUAAUUUUUGUUAAGCUCUUUGCUUAACUUCUGCCACCUGUUUUUUGUCUUCAUUUUUUUUACCUUUCAACUUUUGUAAGUAUCUACAGCCUAGUCUUGGGAAAGGUUAGACAGAGGCCUCUAUACACUACACAAUACACAUGUAGGAUUUGUCUGUGUAUAAAGACCCCCUCUUUAGGCUAGAGUAGGUACUAGUGAUGGGUUGAUGAGGCGUCAUGAAGCGUUUCGACACAUUGCAAAACUGUAUUGAUACUGUGUAGAUACUGUGUCACUAAAUACUGACAUCUGUUGGACAUUAAAAAUCCCUACAGGCAACCUAUGGACCGACUCAACUGACACUGAUUUUAUGACCUAGUAUAUACAAUAAUAUAAUCCAAGUCAUUGUAUUUCAUUUAGGAUUAUUUCAUAUCUUCAUUUAAAUAAAAAUAUAUUUUUAUCUUUUUUAGAUACAGUCAAUAAAUGUGAACAUGUAUCAUAACAUGGAAAUCUGAGACAACGUGUUGUGA